AUUAUGUUGGAAUUAACUAUUAUAUUUUAUUUUUUAGAAUAAUGUAGGAUAAAUGUACCAUAAAUAUGAGCAGAAUAUUGUGGAAUCCACUCUUUUCAAACUCAAUAUCAACAAUUUCCAGAAAAACCUGUAAUAAAUCAAUUUGUUCAUACAAUACUUGGCAUAAGAUAUGUAAAUAUAAAUAUGUUUUUUCAUCUGGCUCCUUUAAAGACCAGAGAAAUAAUCCUACACAAUCUUUUUUUUACAAUAAAAGGAAUAUUAAAUAUAUACAUACAUCUCCAACUAGAUAUACAAACGAUCCUUAUUCUGUACUUGGUGUUAGCAGAAAUGCUACAAACGAAGAAAUAAAAAGGAAAUUCAGAGAACUGGCUAAAAAAUACCACCCAGAUCUGAACCCUUCUCCGGAUGCUAAACAGAAAAUGGCUCAAAUAACAAGCGCAUAUGAAUUAUUAUCGGAUCCUAAAAAGAGAAAAAUCUAUGAUCAAACGGGAAUGCAAACAGAGGACCCAGGAUUCGAUCCUUCAGCGGGAGGAUUUGGUGGAUUUUCUGGAUUUGGAGAUUCAUCUUUCAUGUUCACGGAUUUCGCAGAGAUGUUUUCUAGAAUGGCCUCUGGAACUGGAGCAGGUUCGUCAUUUACGGGGUCUUCAAGAGGAGAAGAUAUCCAGACUGAAAUAACAAUUAGUUUUAUGGAAGCCAUUCGAGGUUGUACUAAGAAUAUAACAGUUCCAGCAAGAGUUUCAUGUAAUGAAUGCCAUGGAUUAGGAAGACAGCCAGGGACUUCAGUAGAUGUAUGUAAAGUAUGCAAUGGAACAGGAGUUCAAAGAAUGGAAAGAGGACCAAUUAUAAUAGGAGUACCAUGUAGAACCUGUAACGGCAGUGGUCAAGUAGUACCUCACCCUUGCAAAGCCUGUGGAGGCUCAGGAGAUAGAGCGCAAACAAAAUCAGUCAGUGUGGAUUUACCUCCAGGUGUAAGAAAUGGAAUGCAAAUGAGAAUCCCAAAUCAAGGCCACGUUGGAGUGAGAGGUGGUAAAAGUGGUCACUUAUUUGUCAAUAUAAACAUACAACCGCAUCAUAUAUUUAAGUGGAUUGAUGAUGAUAUACAUGUACACGUUCCAAUAUCACUUAAACAAUGUCUCUUGGGAGGUAACAUAUCAAUUCCAACCUUAGAUGGGUCAACCACAGUUACACUUCAGCCAAAUUCUCAGCCUUUUUUUGUUAAAACCUUGAAGAAUAAAGGUCCGCCAAAAGUUGAUAGCAGAAAUAAUGGAAAUUUGAUAAUACACUUCGAACUCAAACUUCCAGAAGUUCUAUCUGCCAACCAAAAGGAGCUGAUUGAGCAAUUUGAUAAAGAUACUAUUAAUGAGCCAAAAACUAAAAAUGAAAAUUUCACAAAUGAAGAUUCCUUCAAGUGGUGGAAAAGAGUCGUUUCUAACAAGUACUAGCCUUCCUCUAGGUUGAUGUUGUGUAAAUAAUGUAGUGCCUAAAAUA